AUGGCUGACUUUGCGCGUUACUCAACUGGGCCAUCGGCUGAGUGGCUCCGGUUCGAUAAGACCUGGAAAUGGCCUGAGGCUAUUCCCACUAUCACGAUUCGAGAAGCCCGCGAUCAGGCAAAUAGGAAGACCGCGAAGCUAUUUGCUAAUAUCUUGGGACGACCAGAUACUGGUCUCGAAGUCACGGAUUUUGAUAUCCCUACCACAAACGGCGUCAAAAUCCCCAUACGCCUCUACCGGCCCCUUAAGGAGGAUUCGGGCAGUUGCCCUGAGAGCCCGGCCCUCUACAUAUCUUUCCACGGCGGUGGAUACCAUUUUGGAAGCCUAGAGACGGAAGAUCCUCAUUGUCGGCAAACCGCACUGAACACUGCUGGACAGGGUUCCAAUGGGCUGCGCAGAAACGACCUGAGUACGGCAUCGACCCGGAAAAGAUAUUCGUCGGGGGGUGUCAGUGCGGGUGCCAACCUCGCAAUCUCUGUAGCUCUGCGAGCCCUGAGAGAUGAUUCUCUUCCCAGCGUCAAGGGACUCGUUCUUGGCACUCCAUCGGCCGUUCAUCCGGAUCACUUCCCAGUCGAGCUUCUUAAAGGUGGGCAGAGCUUCCUCGAGCUGCACAAAGAUGCGCCGUUUAUCAACGCCCAGAAACUCCGAAACCCCAUUGAUCUUUAUCGUCCAGAUCCGACGGAUCCGUCAUUCUCGCCCCUACUAUGA